AUGUCGAUUUCUUCAGGUGUCACGGAGUCAUGGAUAACGGCAUUUUGCUCCCUCAUGGGCCAUGAGUACUUUGCCGAGAUUUCGGAGGAAUUCAUCGAGGAUGAUUUCAAUUUAACAGGGCUGCAAUCGCAGGUCCCCAAGUUCAAAGAAGCGUUGGAAAUGAUCCUAGACGUGGAGCCGGAGGAUGAAUAUGACUCGGAAGACGAUCUAUUAGACGAUAUUCGAGACACAAGGCCAAGUGAGCAAAGGCAUGUACGGGUUGCGAGCGAUUUGAGCGCUAUCGAAACUUCAGCGGAGCUCCUCUACGGUUUGAUUCACCAACGAUACAUCACUUCUCGCCAGGGUAUUCAACAAAUGUUGGAAAAAUAUGAACGCCAGGAUUUUGGGGUUUGCCCUCGGGUUUUCUGCAACGGUUGCAGAGUGCUGCCGGUUGGGCGAACGGAUACACCUGGACUCGACACUGUGAAAUUAUACUGCCCAAGCUGCCAGGAUUUAUAUACGCCUCCAAAUAGCCGGUUUCAAACGGUUGACGGUGCAUUCUUUGGCACCACAUUCGGGUGCCUUUUCUUCAUGACGUUCCCAGAGCUUGAUGUUUCAGGCUCACCAGACGGACCGGUGACAAGUUUACCCUCAGCAGGAAGUGGUAAAACUUCGACUUCAGGUCAGCCAGUGCAAAUCAACGGGGUCAUGACAGACAAUUUGGCUCCGGGAUUAGGACAGGGCAAAAUCUAUGAACCUAAAAUAUAUGGCUUCAAGGUAUCAGAGCGUGCAAAGUCAGGCCCAAGAAUGAAGUGGCUGAGAAUGAAGCCUGAUAAUAUUAAUGAAUUGGACGAAAGUGCCAUUUAUCACGCGUCUCAACGCGACUCGGGUGACGGUGAUGGUGAUGCCGAAAUGGAGGCCGUGGAUGCGCAACAGGCUGCAAUUAACCGUCGGAAAAAAGCACCAAUCCGGAAAAGAAGAGUCGGCGCCUCCGCCAAUGUUGACCCGAUGAACACAAAUGGAAUUGGCGGAGCGGGAUAG